AUUACAACAUUUGCAAAUCAUUUUAAGGUUAAAGUUGCAAAUUGUGGCUGUUUAGUGGUUUCAAGGUGUUGCCAAGGCAAUCUACUUCCUGGAUCACAUAGAUAUACAAGUACAAGUAUUUGUACUUUCAGUUUAGAAGUACUUCUUGGAACUGAAGACUCUCUGAGAGGAUGAUGCAAUGUGUAUGCAAGUUAUUUACAUGUUAAUCUACAUCAUCACUGAUUCAGGACUUGUGAUGGGCUGUAUUAUUCACAACACGGCAUGUCCAAAGUGGAAGGGAAAUGGAGCAGGUCAGCCAACACUGAUAUUGUGCUGACCUGAAACCAAGGAUCAGACGGGGAUGAAUUCAGGAUUCCAUAACAAGUGAAAUCUAUGAGAUAGGAGGCACGGUGAGAUGGGAUGUUCCUACAAUGAGGGAGACAGAUGUUCUGUACACGUUCUUCAACAAAAGAUCUGGAUGUUCCUGCAAUGAAGAAGACAGAUGUUCUGUACCCCUCCUUCAACAAACGAUCUGCAUGUUCCUGCAAUGAAAAAGACAGAUGUUCUGUACACGUCCUUCAACAAAAGAUCUGCAUGUUCCUGCAAUGAAGAAGACAGAUGUUCUGUACUCGUCCUUCAACAAGAGAUCUGGAUGUUCCUGCAAUGAAGAAGACAGAUGUUCUGUACACGUCCUUCAACAAAAGAUCUGGAUGUUCCUGCAAUGAGGAAAACGGACAUUCUGUACACGUCUUUCCACAAAAGAUCUGGAUGUUCCUGCAGGUAACCUCUACAAGGACACUGGUAUAUUAUCCCACGGGGCUGGAGUUAUUCAUGGACUAAUGACUCCAGAUAGGGAAAUGUGUCAGUAGUUGGUAGGAAACUAGCAUAUGAUUCUAAAGAUCAGCAUUAUAUUCAUCACCAUAGUGGACCAAGAGCUUGGGUUGUUCAAGAACUUAUUUGGUGCCAAUGUGGAAAUGUAUGAGUAGUUGAUAGGAAACUAGCAUAUGAUUCUAUAGAUCAGCAUUAUAUUCAUCACCCAAGUGGACUAAGCUUGGGUUGUUCAAGAACUUAUUUGGUGCCAAUGUGGAAAUAUAUGAGUAGUUGAUAGGAUACUAACAUAUGAUUCCAUAGAUCAGCAUUUCAUAUAUCAGUAUGGAGGGAACAGAAGAUGUGGAAGUUCUCCAUCCGUUUGUGGGGAGGGAAGAUUUCCUGCAAGAGUUCUGGAGCCUGUGGAGCAGGUACCGGAUCAUUGGAGUGUUUGGCAUGAGGUCUGUUGGCAAAUCCAGAACAGUUGAAGAAUUCAUCCACCGUAUGAAAUCUGAACAUCCACUUUCAGACUCGGUUCAUCACAUCCUCAUAGAUUUGAACGCUGUUAGAAGUUUACAGCGUUUCAUUUUCCAAGUCAGAACCGCUUUUGGUUUCUUUGAUGACGACCAGAUUGAUGAAGUCGAAAAGUUGGUGGGAAAUAUUCUAAGCAAGAUGGAGAGUACACCAUCUGUAUUUUAUGUUGUAAACUUCGACAAUGCUGAAGACGUGAUAGAAAGCGAAGUGAAAGCUGACUUUGUGCUGACUUGUGGAAUGCUGAUGGAGAGGUGUAUGAGUUUGAAGAUCGUCUUCACAUCAACUGCCAAAGUGACCUUCCCACGCCACGCCAGCAUGUACUGCUGGAUGGACCUGCCUCCUCUGUCCCAUGGCGAUGGAGUAGCUCUACUUCACUCUGUCACUCCAAGUGUACAUUACGACCAGGGAAUGAUCCACAAGAUCGUGGGGCUAUGCAUGGGUCUUCCCUUGGCGGUUCUCAUGACAGGCUCUGAGCUGGAGAUAGACAAUGGUUUCCUGAGUCCAGAGCAGAUGGUGGACAUCUUGACUCAGAGUCGGCUGGAGGCUUGUGAUGAUGACUCAGAUGGCACACAUGUCCGUCUCGAUGCCUGGAGCAGAGACUGCAGCUAUGCAGAGGAGGAGCAGAUCGGGCCAGUGUACAGAAACUUCAUCAGAAGGUUGUCUGAGGUGUUCCGUCAAAGACUGGCCGUGCUGGGAUAUAUCCCAGGGUCCUUCACUACAGGACAUGCUCAACGUAUGCUGGAUGAGGCAUCCCCUCAGUCCACCAAAGACAUGACUCUGUCCCCACUGAUGCGCCGGCACAUGGUACAGUUUGAUGCACCACGACGCAGGUACAACAUCCACGGUAUCCUCAAGGACUGUUUGGAGGUGUACUUCAGCAUAGAGAAUCUCACAGAUGUGCGGAAGCGCUACUGCCAGACCUUCAGCGAGGUGCUGAAUCAGCUAUCGCUGAAGCUGGGGACCAAGGACUACACUGAAGCUGUGGCAGAAUUGGCUAUAGAACAUCCCAACCUUCAGAAACUCAUGGUGGAUGUCAAGCAUUCAAGCCAAGAGACUUACCCCAUCUAUAUCGAGAUGGUGGCAUCCUCGUCAAACGUUAUUGAAAACUUCUUUGGAGGUAAGAGCUACAAAUUCUACACAAAGUGUCUCGAGUUGUGCAAGGUCUAUGACAAACCCAGAGAUGAUGCCAUUGUCAGCGGAGCAUAUGGCAGGGUACUCACCAAUGUCAAGGCAGAUUUUCCUGCAGGAGAGAGGAUGUACUGUCGAGCGCUGGUGUAUGCUGUCAACAACCCCGCUGCUGCCAUGAUGGCGUCUCAGAUGCACGAGAACAUGGGCUGGAAUCUUCACAUGCAAGGGAAGCGGGAAGCUGCCCUAAGACACCUGCAAGAGGCUCAGAAAUACCAGAUCAUGCAGGGGAUGUACUAUGAGCGUUUGGCCCUCACUACCCUGUCUGUGCUUGGCGUUGUCAACACUGCCAUCGGAAACUACGAAGAGGGAGAGAAAUACCACCGUGAGUCCUUGAAACGAAGGAUUCACCUCCACGGUGAGAACCACCCCCACAUCGGCUCCGUCUACAACAACAUGGCCAUCCUGUACUUCCAUAAGGGGGAGAUUGAGAAGUCCAACCACUAUUACAAGAAGGGACUGGACUUGAAGAGGGCAACUAACGACACCCCCAGCUCUAUCAUCAUCUCCCUCAACAACGUGGCCAAUGUCGAGAUCCAGAGCAAGAACUUCGAGGCUGCUGGACAGCUUCUGCAGGAAGCGUCGCAACUGCUAGAGAAGGAUUCGAAGAUAUACAAGUUUGAAGAAGGUCUGACUUUGGAGACCUAUGGCAAACUCUAUCUGGCUAUGGGUGAUCACAACAAUGCAGUGGAAUCCUUAAAGAAAACAGUGGCCAUGAGGCAAGCUGUGGCCUGUGGAUCGGUCACCCAUGUCGAGAGUUUGCUCAGCCUUGGCAAGGCCUACAAAAGGGGAGGCCACCCAGCAAAGGCUAUGGAGGUCUUUGUUGAGGCUUUGACCUACAAAGAGAAUGCUGCAACACAGAUGCCCCAGAAUAGUUUUAUCUGGGAAUGUCUUGACCAAAUGUGGACCAUCUUAUUGGAGAAGAGUUCGCUUGACAGGGGAGAUCACUCUCAAGAGUUAGCUCAGGUUUUCUCUGAUGGGAGAGCGGAACUGUAUAGAAUUAUUAACCACUACACAGAGAAGAGGAUAUUUGAUGAACGAGACAAGUUUGACAGAAAAUUGAAGGAUUGGAAUGAGAAGUGUAAAAAUUAUGUGUCAUCUCAGGAAAUGUACAGCAGGACAUAGUCUAUCUUUGAUGAACACAGUUUUUCCUUCCCUUGACCUGCAUGUCCAAAACUUGCACUCAGUGAAAAUACUCCGUUUGUGUAUGAAUGGAACACAAUCAGCUUUAGUGACAGCAUAGGUCAAUGAUAUGCAUAUGAAUGAUAUGGUCUCUGAUGUACAUAGUCUAUCUUUGAUGAACACAGUUUUUCCUUCUCUCGACCUGCAUGUCCAAAACUUGCACUCAGUGAAAAUACUCCAUGUUUGUGUAUGAAUGGAACACACAAUCAGCUUUAGUGACAGCAUAGGUCAAUGAUAUGCAUAUGAAUGAUAUGGUCUCUGAUGUACAUAGUCUAUCUUUGAUGAACACAGUUUUUCCUUCCCUUGACCUGCAUGUCCAAAACUUGCACUCAGUGAAAAUACUCCAUGUUUGUGUAUGAAUGGAACACAAUCAGCUUUAGUGACAGCAUAGGUCAAUGAUAUGCAUAUGAAUAAUAUGGUCUUUGAUGUACAUAGUCUAUCUUUAAUGAACACUGUUUUUCCUUCCCUUGACCUGCAUGUCCAAAACUUGCACUCAGUGAAAAUACUCCAUGUUUGUGUAUGAAUGGAACACACAAUCAGCUUUAGUGACAGCAUAGGUCAAUGAUAUGCAUAUGAAUGAUAUGGUCUCUGAUGUACAUAGUCUAUCUUUGAUGAACACAGUUUUUCCUUCCCUUGACCUGCAUGUCCAAAACUUGCACUCAGUGAAAAUACUCCAUGUUUGUGUAUGAAUGGAACACACAAUCAGCUUUAGUGACAGCAUAGGUCAAUGAUAUGCAUAUGAAUGAUAUGGUCUCUGAUGUACAUAGUCUAUCUUUAAUGAACACAGUUUUUCCUUCCCUUGACCUGCAUGUCCAAAACUUGCACUCAGUGAAAAUACUCCAUGAUCUGUAUGAAUGGAACACACAAUCAGCUUUAGUGACAGCAUAGGUCAAUGAUAUGCAUAUGAAUGAUAUGGUCUUUGAUGUACAUAGUCUAUCUUUAAUGAACACUGUUUUUCCUUCUCUCGACCUGCAUGUCCAAAACUUGCACUCAGUGAAAAUACUCCAUGUUUGUGUAUGAAUGGAACACACAAUCAGCUUUAGUGACAGCAUAGGUCAAUGAUAUGCAUAUGAAUGAUAUGGUCUCUGAUGUACAUAGUCUAUCUUUGAUGAACACAGUUUUUCCUUCCCUUGACCUGCAUGUCCAAAACUUGCACUCAGUGAAAAUACUCCAUGUUUGUGUAUGAAUGGAACACACAAUCAGCUUUAGUGACAGCAUAGGUCAAUGAUAUGCAUAUGAAUGAUAUGGUCUCUGAUGUACAUAGUCUAUCUUUGAUGAACACAGUUUUUCCUUCCCUUGACCUGCAUGUCCAAAACUUGCACUCAGUGAAAAUACUCCAUGUUUGUGUAUGAAUGGAACACACAAUCAGCUUUAGUGACAGCAUAGGUCAAUGAUAUGCAUAUGAAUGAUAUGGUCUCUGAUGUACAUAGUCUAUCUUUGAUGAACACUGUUUUUCCUUCCCUUGACCUGCAUGUCCAAAACUUGCACUCAGUGAAAAUACUCCAUGUUUGUGUAUGAAUGGAACACACAAUCAGCUUUAGUGACAGCAUAGGUCAAUGAUAUGCAUAUGAAUAAUAUGGUCUUUGAUGUACAUAGUCUAUCUUUGAUGAACACAGUUUUUCCUUCCCUUGACCUGCAUGUCCAAAACUUGCACUCAGUGAAAAUACUCCAUGUUUGUGUAUGAAUGGAACACACAAUCAGCUUUAGUGACAGCAUAGGUCAAUGAUAUGCAUAUGAAUGAUAUGGUCUCUGAUGUACAUAGUCUAUCUUUGAUGAACACAGUUUUUCCUUCCCUUGACCUGCAUGUCCAAAACUUGCACUCAGUGAAAAUACUCCAUGUUUG